AUGUCUGAAGCACAAACUCGGCCUGCGCGAGGCAGGAGCUCUGCCCGCGGCGGCAGGGCAUCAUACGGCUCCCGGGGCCCCAGAAAGACCAACGGCGACAGCGCGUCCUCCAACAUUGACACAUCGGCAGACCAGGGCGAACUGGGCGAGCUUAAGAAGCGCUACCAGUCACAGCUAUCCACACUGAAGGAGCUAUUCCCCGACUGGACCGACGCCGAUCUCGUCCUCGCAAUCGAAGAAUCUGACGGCGACCUGCAGACCACCAUCGAGAAGAUCAGUGAGGGCGCCGUCUCACAAUUCUCAGAAGUCCCAAAGAAAGCAAAGGACAGGUCCCGCUCCAAGGCCAAGGAGAACGUCCCCCUCGAUGGCGCGUCCAGCCUGCGUGGCCGGCCCGACGGAGCCCGUCGUGGAGUUGACAGCGGUCGCGGCGGCCGUGGCGGACGAGGCACUGAUCGUGGUCGCGGUGGAAUUCGUGGCGGUCGUGGAGGCGCCGCCGGUGGACCUCGUACGGCUGCUGGAUCAGUCCCGACUACCGAGUCCGCUGCAUGGGACACGCCCACAGUGCCCGAAGAGUCCAAGGAGACCAAACAGGACGACGAGACCGUACACGCGCCUGAAGCGACCCCCGAAGCCAUAAAGCCUGUCGUGGAGGCUACUAUGACAGCCGCGAAGAAGACUUGGGCGAGCAUGUUUGCUGCACCCAAGCCCGUCCCCGCAGUCCCCAAGGCAGCUCCGAAGCCCGCCGCUGCUGCCCCCGAAGUGCCCUCACAAGUACCCGACGAGACGCCCGCGCACCAAGUUGCCCAAGAGCCCGCCGUGCAAGCAGAAGAACUGCCUAUACCCCCCGUUGCAGAUGAGGCUGUCCAGACACCGCCCAUCACCGCCGAAGAUACGUCCAAGAUGACGCCGGACAAGAGUGUGGAUGGUGCCCCUGACGUCACCCUCACACCCUCCGGAGAUCAACUUACGCAAGAGAAUGUUGAGCACCUGCCUGAUACGUCCAUUCCGCCCAAGACGGAGACAGCUUUCAGCACUGUCGCAAGCUCGAAGGAUGUUGGAAGUGCUGUAGCGACCCCCUUGAACGGUCCUACACAGGCACCUAUCGGUCGCCCCGCUAUUGGAGGAUUCCAAACGACCGCACUCAAGGCGACUUCUGGAACCCCGAACCGAAGCGCAAGCUACCAGAGGAGGUUGAUGGAGCAGCAGGAGGCCGUGGUCAUGCCCGGAGACCGCGCCGUGGACAGGGCAGCAGUCCAAUUCGGUAGCAUGGGAUUGGGCGACGGCUCGGAUCCAGAUGUCGACGAAGACAGGGAAGAGGCGGAGACGAGGACACAGCCGCCCCAGCACUCUCCCGUCGCGCAGCCCAGGGCUUCUCUUCCUCCCGCUCCCCGCCAAGCAUCUCAAGAUGCUCCCCAACAAGAGGCCGCUCCUACACCAAAGCAGGCCCCUGGACUGCCUCCUGUGCCCCAACAUCAGCCCGGCCUACAGCAGUCUCCCUCGAACCCGCUUGCAUCCCAGGCUAUGCAGAACCAAGGAUCUCAGUCGAACCAGCCAUACAACCAGUUUGCUAGGUAUGGUCAAUCAGAGGCCUCCGCCCCACCGCAGAAGCCAUACGACCCAUUCGGCCAGCAGAUCCCGCAGUCGAACCACUCGCAAUCGCAGAACUACGACUACCCCGGCCAACAAAGCCAGGCCCCGUCCCAGCCUGGUGCCUUCUCGUCUGCCCCAGACGGUUACCCCUCCAACUACCUCACUGCCGAACAACGCGCGCAAUACCAGAACUACUAUGGAAGCUACGGUCAACCCAUCGCACAAAGCCAGCAGGAAGCUGGUUCUGCUCAGCAGCGCACUGGCAGUGCCUUUGGCUCUGGACCUGCUGACUCUGCUUAUUCGCAGAGCCAAAUCCCACAGGUAAGUGGUCUCUCUAAAGGUCUGAAACAGCUCGCCAAACUCAAAACCGAUCAUCAUGCCGACCAAUCUGAACCAUCUCAUGUGAAUGAGAAACUCUGGGCAGAGAUGGCACAUGACACGGGCAGAGUAAGGACAGCAGCUAAGACAGAACUCUACAUCUUCUCGCAUCGUGUACUGACAGAAUUGUAG